UCUCCCACCCCGCCCCUCCCUGCCCCGCCCCUCCCCUCAGGCCGCGGGGGCGUCACGUGACCCGGUCGGCGGCUCCCGGCGCGGUGGACGCUGGAGGCCAAGAUGGCGGCGGAGCUGGUGGAGGCGAAAAACAUGGUGAUGAGUUUCCGAGUCUCAGAUCUUCAGAUGUUGCUGGGUUUUGUUGGCAGGAGUAAAAGCGGACUUAAACAUGAACUAGUCACCCGAGCAUUGCAAUUGGUCCAAUUUGACUGCAGCCCUGAAGUCUUCAAGAAAAUCAAGGAGCUCUACGAGACUCGCUACGCCAAGAAGAGCUCGGAAGUGGCUCAGCCCCCGCCUCCCCCGCAGCACCGCUCCGCCGAGCCCCUCCCCAUCCAUUCCUCCUAUGACCGUGGGAGCACCGUUCCUCGGACUUCUAUCUCCACCACUAACAUUGACUAUCCUGCCCUCUACGGGAAAUACCUGAACGGACUGGGGAGGUUGCCUCCCAAAGUUGCUAAGCCUGAAGUUCGCCUGGUGAAGCUUCCCUUCUACACCACCCUGGAUGAGCUCUUGAAGCCGACAGAGUUAGUUCCACAGAAUAAUGAGAAGCUUCAGGAAAGUCCGUGCAUUUUUGCAUUAACACCAAAACAAGUGGAGUUGAUCAGAAAUUCCAGGGAGUUGCAACCCGGUGUGAAAUCAGUUCAGGUUGUGCUAAGAAUCUGCUACACAGACACCAGUUCUCCUCAGGAGGAUCAGUACCCUCCCAACAUCGCAGUGAAAGUGAACCACAGUUACUGCUCCGUGCCGGGCUAUUACCCAUCAAACAAACCUGGAGUGGAACCCAAAAGGCCCUGUCGUCCCAUCAACCUCACCCAUCUCAUGUACCUGUCUGCAACCACCAACCGCAUCACUGUCACCUGGGGGAACUACGGGAAGAGCUACUCCGUGGGGCUGUACUUGGUGCGGCAGAUGACCUCAGCAGAGCUGCUGCAGAGGUUGAAAACCAUCGGGAUCAAACAUCCAGAACUCUGCAAAGCACUCGUAAAAGAGAAGCUGCGUUUGGAUCCAGACAGUGAAAUUGCCACCACAGGUGUUCGUGUCUCUCUCAUUUGUCCGCUGGUAAAGAUGAGGCUGUCUGUCCCCUGCCGAGCAGAGACCUGUGCACACCUGCAGUGCUUUGAUGCUGUCUUCUACCUACAAAUGAAUGAGAAAAAGCCCACAUGGAUGUGUCCUGUCUGUGACAAACCAGCACCCUAUGACCAGCUAAUAAUUGAUGGGCUCCUGUCGAAGAUCCUGACAGAAUGUGAAGAUGCAGAUGAAAUUGAGUACCUGGUGGAUGGCUCCUGGUGUCCCAUCAGGGCUGAGAAAGAGCGAAGCUGCAGCCCUCAGUGUCCCAUCUUAGUUCUAGGUUCUUCAGAUGUGAAUGGGCUCUUGCCCACCCCUAAUGGUAACAGUGAGAACGGCAAAGCCACUGCUGAUGUGGUGGAUUUAACACUGGACAGCUCAUCAUCAGAGGAAGAGGAAGAGGAAGAUGAGGAAGAAGAUGAUGAUGAGGAGGGACCCCAACCAAAACGACGCUGCUCUUACGAGAAAGGUUUAGUUUCUGCCUGCUGACUGUGGAAGCAGCUCUGAGUCUCAGAAUGGACAGACUUGAAUACUCUGGUGCUUAUUAAACUGGAGGAGGGGGAGAAUGUCCUCUCUCACCUCAUCUCCCUUCCUCCUUGAUCUUUGACUUUCUUGUUCCAAAUUAAUCAUUAAAACGAGAGAAAAAGAAAAAACUAAAAAAAAAA